AGUGCACGCACAGCCUCAUCCCCACACAGAGCUUCAGAGGAGGCACGUAAUCGUGGACUUAACCGUUCUCCUCCUCGAACGCCAUCGCUCUACGUCUCGCCCUUCGCAUCGCCGCCCUUCGCGACACAGUCUCGCUACCCCUGAGCGCUUAAAAAAAAGGCCGCGGGAGCUGUGCGCAGCGCAAAUCUGCAACAAUGGCCAACCAAACCCCAGCCGUUGUCAUGGACAACGGCACGGGUUUCUCUAAGCUAGGCUUCGCUGGCAACGACUCGCCUUCCUUCGUCUUCCCGACUGCAAUCGCAACCAAGGGCCCGGCUGGGGGAGGCGGCGGUUCCGGCUCCGGACGCCCCGCUGUCGGAAGCAAGCCGUCUUUCCUCACCGGAGGCGCGGGGCCUUCGGGCCACUUGUCAAUGAAGCGCGGAACCGAGGACCUCGAUUUCUUUAUUGGCGACGAAGCUAUCAAUGCGGCCUCCGGCCCUGGCUACGGGCUACACUAUCCGAUCCGACACGGCCAAAUAGAGAACUGGGUGAGUCGGGCCGCUUUUUGCGCGUCGAGAGACAUGGCUGACCUCUUGUUCCAGGAUCAUAUGGAGAGAUUUUGGUCGAAUUCAAUUUUUAAAUAUCUACGGGUCGAGCCUGAAGACCACUGCUUUCUGCUUACCGAACCGCCCCUGAACCCGCCCGAGAACCGAGAAAACACUGCCGAGAUCUUCUUCGAGUCGUUCAACUGCUCCGGGCUCUAUAUUGCCGUCCAAGCCGUGCUCGCGCUGGCUGCGUCGUGGACUUCGUCAAAGGUGCAGGAUAGAUCGCUUACAGGAACUGUCAUCGACUCGGGUGACGGUGUCACGCACGUUAUCCCGGUGGCCGAGGGCUACGUCAUUGGCUCCUCUAUCAAGUCCAUCCCCAUCGCUGGCCGCGAUAUCACGUACUUUGUACAGUCGCUUCUCAGGGAUCGAGGCGAGCCCGAUUCGUCCCUCAAGACGGCCCAGGAGAUCAAAGAGGAGUACUGCUACGUUUGCCCCGACAUCGUAAAGGAGUUUGCUCGCUUUGAUCGCGACCGCAGCCGCUUCCUGAAGCACGUCGUGUCGCAGCCCGGCGGUCGCCAAGUCACGGUUGAUGUCGGCUACGAGCGCUUCUUGGCCCCUGAGAUCUUUUUCAACCCCGAGAUCUACUCGUCCGAUUUCCUGACGCCGUUGCCCGUGGUUGUCGACGGAGUGAUCCAGUCGUCUCCGAUUGAUGUUCGCCGAGGGCUCUACAAGAAUAUUGUCCUCUCUGGCGGAAGCACUUUGUACAAAGACUUCGGCCGCAGGCUACAGCGCGACAUUAAGAAGUUGGUUGACGACAGAAUCCACGCCAGCGAGGUGCGGAGUGGCGGAGCAAGGAGCGGAGGGCUCGAGGUUCAAGUCAUCUCCCACAAGCGACAAAGGCAUGGGCCUUGGUUUGGAGGGAGCUUGCUUGGCCAGACGCCCGAAUUUCGAUCGUAUUGUCAUACUAAGGCAGAGUACCAAGAGUAUGGCCCAGGCAUUGUGCGGAGAUUCGCGCUCCUGGGAGGACCUGGCGGAUCAUAGGCGAUAUUUUGGUAGAAAAACGAGAGCGAUUUUUACAGGAGCGCGGCAGCCUUCUUUUCAAUACGAGACCAAAAAGAAAUGGGAAACGAAGUUCAUGGAUGAGUCUUGUUGUAUGCAGGUGACGAAGGUCAGAUUCAACGCGAACUAGACGUGCAUUCGUACAUAUGUCGCAAACCCAAUCACAAACAUGUUCGUGACAGGUUAGUUG